AUGGCCCACCUUGUUUCCGAACUCUUGGAGCUGCUGAGUUCAAUACGUUUUUAUGAGGUCAAACAAGAGGUUAGAUUGGUUGUUGGUGUCAAGGAAGAAGUAAAAAAUCUUACUCGCAAACUCCAGUCCGUAAAACUUGAGGUUGCAGAUGCAGAGAGAAGAUGGAGGCAUGCACAGGACAAAAGUGCCAAAGAAUGGCUCGAUGACUUCGAAGAAAUUUGCUAUGGAUUGGAUGACGUGUUGGACGAGUGGGUAAAUGCAAUUCUGAAAUCAGAAACAGAGUAUGAAAAUUCCAAAACAGAGUCAGAGUAUGAAAAUCCCAACAAGUCUAAAAGGAAGCUGAAGAUCCAUUCCUCUCGUUUCACUUGUGGUCAAGUUAGUCUGCGUGAUGAUAUUGCUUCCAAAAUGAAGAAAUUAAAUGAGAAGGCAAAUGGGUUUUUUGGGCGGAAAGAACCAAAAUUUGAAAAGAGCAUUCAAUAUUAUGCAACUGCUGUGGAUGAAACAUCAGUUUGUGGUAGAGAGAAGGAAAAGGAUAAACUAAUUAAGUUGUUGUUGGGGGAGAGUACUGAUCAGGGAGGACGAAGCUCCGAUGUCAUCUCUAUAGUAGGGAUAGCAGGGGUGGGAAAAACUUAUCUUGCUGAACUAGUGUACGAGGAGAAAAAUAGAGUUGGCUUGAAUGAUCUGCUCGAAGAGACAGCUUUGGCAAUUUUUGGAAAGAAGUUUCUACUUGUCCUUGAUGAUGUGCUGGAAAUCGAUUCUUUUAUGUGGCACAAAUAUCUGAAGUGUUACUUUGAGUUUGGUUUGCCUGGAAGCAAAGUGUUGAUAACCACACGCAGUGAUAUGGUUCCGGUUUCUAUGGGAAACCACACCUGCCUUUUCCCUCUACAUGGAAUUACCGAAGAUGAUUGUCGGUCAUUAUUUAGUCACCGUGCAUGGUUUGGAAACAGUAGUACAGAGAGUGAAGAUAUGGUAAGCAUUCAUAACAAAAUUAUCAGUGGCUGCAAGGGACUUCCAUUUCUUGUAAAGGCUCUAGUAAGUCUUUUGCAAGUCAAAAUUUCUACAGAAGAACGGCAGCAUGUCUUGGAUAGUAAGGUUUGGGACCAAUACAAAGAUAAACCUGGUUAUCCUCCUCUACUGCUGUGCUAUGAUGAUUUGCCCCCCAAAAUGAGACGCUGUUUCACAUACUGUGCUCUUUUCUCCAAAGAUUUCAAGAAGUUAGAGCAAGAAUACUGGAUCAAUUUGUGGAUGGCACAAGGUUAUCUAAGGGCAACACAGAUUAAAGAAGAGGAAUUAGUUGGUAAAGACUACUUUGAAAACUUAAUCGCACGAUCUUUCUUCCAAAAUGCUAUAAAGGAUGGGAAUGGUAGCACAGCAGCAUGUAAGGUGCAUGAUCUGGUGCACGAGUUCGCGCAAUUUCUUACCGAGAAUGAUUGUGUUAACGUUGAGGUCAGUAGUCAUGGAGUGAUUGGGAUGGUCUCUUCUUGGAAAAAAGUUCGCCAUUUGAAGAUAGAGUUUUCGGAAAGGAAUGCCUCAUUCCCUGUCUCUUUUGAUAGCUUAAAAAAUUUGCGUAGCCUCCUCGUUGACUACCGUAAAAGUGACUAUCCAAUUGUUAGAGGAAACCAGGACGAUUUAUUAAGUCGAUUGACUUGUUUGAGAGCAUUGAAGUUGAGCCACAUCUCAAUUGAAAAACAUUUGAAGUAUUUGCCUGAAGAAAUUGGUGAAUUGUACAACCUGCAAACUCUAAACCUCAGUGGUUGCUGUGAGCUUCGAAGGCUACCAUAUGGCUUAUUCAGGUUAAUCAACUUGAGGCAUCUCAACAAUUAUCACACUGAUAAAUUGACUUUCAUGCCAAGAGGAAUCGAGAGAUUAACUUCUCUGAAGUCACUUUACAAGUUUGUUGUGAAUUGUUCCUACCAUAGUCACGAAUUAUCUAGUACUCUUGGAGAUCUGCAAAAUUUGAACGACCUUCGAAAAUAUCUUGAGAUAAGUGGGUUGGGAAAUUCAAAAGAUGUGAUCAGCGAGGCCAGAAAGGCACAACUUAAAAAGAAGAAACAGCUCGUUACUUUGAAACUCAGUUUUGUGGAGUGCAGAGCGUUGAUGCAUGACCAGGAUGAAGAAAUUAUUCAAGCCUUAGAACCACCUCCAAUUAGCCAAGCUGUCCAAGAUUUGUAUCUCCAAGUGCCGAAACUGCAACAAUCUGCCUCCAUUGGGCAAACUACCGUUCCUUGA